GCUGGCUCGCCCCUCACGUACCUCAGCGUUGUGCGGAACCAGUGCAACGAAAAUAAACUUCCCUUAUGAGGGGAAAUGAAAUUGAUACCUGCGGAGUGACCCACAAUUGAUUUCUGACCUUAUGGGCGGGGGAGUGCAAACGAUUCGUCCACUACUUACGUUACUCGCUUUGGGACACCCCCCCCCCCCUGCGUAACCCCGGAAAGGUCUAUCAAUGAACGGCCCCCAAGGCAGCGUAACAUCUCGCUCAUCUCCAAGGAACACAUCACUCACAGGUAUUACCUUAUUUUAAAUGGUGGUUUCAGAGCAGCGGACUUCGGCAGAUCAAGAAUAGUUGCUCAGUGCGGGGCGGCGGUUGAAACCCUCUGAGACUUGUUGACGCUUGUCUGCAGUUUUCACUACCAUACCAUACGCCCAGCACGGAACUCGCCAGUGCUUCACAUCCCACCGUAAUGGACCGAUCUCUCCUGGACCUGCCCGACGACGCGCUGCUGGCCGUGCUGGCGUACCUGGGGCCCCUGGACCUCAUGACUUGCCGGCCGGUGUGCCGCCGCCUCCGGGACCUCAGCCUGCACCGGUCCCUUUGGCGCGAUGCCCGACUCAAGAUCCGGGGCGAGGCCCUGCCGAUCGCCGCGCUGCGCCUGGCCCCCUGCCUGGCCGAGCUGGACGUGUCCCAGGGGAUGGAGCUCGCGGCCUCCGCCCUGUCCGACAGUGCGUGCGUGGUCGCUAGCCUCAGGCUGGGUGACGAUGGCAGCGGGGACGGCUACUACGCCCGAGAGGUGCUUCAGCGAGUCGCCAAUCUCGGGGGCCUCAAGAAACUUGAAUUAGAUUUCAGCUCGCUCGAGUUAAAUAAGUCACGCCCGGUCUUCAUGCAUGUGGACGACUGGAAUAUUCCGCACAACAGUUGGGAAAUGCCUGACUCUCUAUUGGAGCUGGUCUACAAUCUAGAUAUCGGUGAACUCACCCUGGUCUGUUCAGCACCGUUGAUUCCAACACCGUUCUGGGUUCGGGCUGGCCACGCCAGGCCUUGCCUCACCAACCUGUUAUACCUUGGCAUCGGCUUUUAUGAAGUUGAUUACUUCCUCGAGUAUUUACUGCAAACGCACGCGUCAACUCUGACGUACGUGGGUCUGCCUCCUCAAUACUUUUCUUUGCCCACGCUUUUAGGUAUGCCUAAGCUGCAGUCUGUGAGCUUCGAAAUUUGGUCCAUUUUUGCUGUAGCUGACGAUGCGGGAGCUGUUGAUGAUGAUGUCGGAGAAGAUGACAUUGCUGGAGAUGAUUUUCCUGUAGAAGGUGGCAAUGCUGAAGAUGAUUUUCCUAUAGAUGAUGACAAUGCUGGAAAUGAUUUUCCUGUAUAUGAUGACAAUGCUGGAGAUGAUUUUCCUGUAGAUGAUGACAAUGCUGGAAAUGAUUUUCCUGUAGAUGAUGACGAUGCUGCAAAUGAUUUUCCUGUAGAUGAUGACAAUGAUGAUAAUCCUGUAGGUGAUCAUGCUGGACAUGAUGAUCCUGUAGUUGAUGAACCUAUUGCUGAUGAUGCUGGAGACGAUGUAGGUGUUAAUGAUCCCGUUCAUGACGAUGCAGGAGAUAAUGAUCCUGUGGAUGACGAUGCAGGAGAUAAUAAUCCUGUUGAUGACGAUGCAGGAGAUAAUGAUCCUGUUGAUGACGAUGCAGGAGAUAAUAAUCCUGUUGAUGACGAUGCAGGAGAUAAUGAUCCUGUUGAUGACGAUGCAGGAGAUGAUGAUCUUGUUGAUGACGAUGCUCCGGGAGUAGUUCAAUUUCUGGGACUGGUUCCGCAUGAUGAUGAAAACGUCUUCCCUCCGGGAGCACUUGAUUUUCUGGGCCUCCACCCUCAACUAGAGUUUAAGGCGCUGCGUGGCUACAUUGACCAUGAAUCCAUUUUGACUGUUACCGAAUCCCCUUUCGCCGAAGUUGUUCAAGAGCUGGACUUAAUACUUGACUCUGACUUUCCGUGGGACCUGCUGGGCUCUGCACUCCACCGCUUCUCCUCCCUGACGACACUUCGCCUGCGCACUCUGCCCACUGAAGAGUUUUUGCGGGCAGUGACUCCCGAGUCAGCGCCGUGCCUCGCCAUGCUGGAGUUGGGCACGACGCACUUCAUUCACGACAUGCUGCACGAGCCCGCCAUCAAGGACCUCCUCCAACGCAACGAACAGCUGCACCUCCGCCUUGAACACGCUGGCCGGAGGGUCCCGAGCGGGUGCGACUGUCGGUGGUGCCUACACAAGGCCGAGGGCGGCUGGAAGUACUGGAAUACUUUCGCAUCGCACAGCUGGGCGGCCGAGUGCUGCGGCAGCUACUGCUUCCAGUGGCCCUGAUGAUUUGCCGUUCCUCCUAUUACAUCAAGUUGUGGUGGUUGCUUCAUGAUGUACUUUUACUGACAUACGUUCGCGUCACACAGCUUGGCGACGGAGCUCUGAUGAUUUGCCUCUCCUCGAAUGUACAAUUUUAUCAAGUGUUGCCUGUUGCUUCAUGAUUUACUUUUAAUGCUUACCUCACUAUCUGUUAAUUUCUUUCUAAAUUGUUUACUCACGGCGGUUUGCGCAUCCCAAAGGGAGCGCUAGCGCACGCUGCUUCAAGUGGCCUUGAUGAUUUGCAGCUCCUCGAAUGUACAAUUUUAUCUAGUGCAUGCGACCGCUCCAUGAUUUACUGUUAAAGCUGAACUCAUUAUCUGUUUAUUUCUUUGUAUAUUGUUAACUCACGGUGGUUUGCGCAUCCCAUAGGGAGCACUAGCGCACCUGCGUCUACACCUAAAGAAAAUGUGUCACUCUUAAAACAUGUAAUAUCUAAUCAUGUCAUAAAUGUAACAUGUAAUAAAUCUAUUUCCGG